UCCCGUGAUGAAAUGAAAUGUAGAAGAACCAAAUUUUCUAUUAUUGUCUCGAGUCCGUGUGUUUCUGACCAAUGUUUUGCGUCAGUUGGCUUACAAUGCUCGACAAAGGAAUUUCCUGGGGUCAAGUCAAGAUGCCAUUAACUAUUUUAAAUUUCUGGAAAUGGCUAUAUAUAAAAGUGCUAGUUUUAUUGCUGAGUUUGCCAAACCCGAUCGUCUGGAGUCAUAUAGUCGGAGAUAAAGCAACAACGGUAGAAUUAAAAAAGCUAUGCGAAUUCGCGUACACCUGUUUCCACGAUACCGUGAUCAUUUGCGGCAAGUCGGUGAACGAAGCGAGGACAUUUCUAGACCUUUGCGAUAUGUAUGAGUUCUCUUGCGAAUACAAUAUUGUUUUCAGACACGUGAAAGAAGAAGAAGGAGUUUGCCCAAAUCCAAAAGAAAUACUGGGAUAGGGAAACUUUUAAGAAAAAUUAAUUAUAGACGUAAAUAUAUCUUAAGCUAUGU